AUGACCUCUCUCAAGCAAUUCAUCCGCAAUGUUCGCGCGUCUAAAACCAUUGCCGACGAGCGCGCGGUUAUUCAAAAAGAGAGUGCUGCUAUCCGGGCAAGCUUCCGAGAGGACAGCACAGAUUCUGGCAUCCGGAGAAACAAUGUUGCCAAACUAUUAUAUUUAUUCACAUUAGGGGAGAGGACGCAUUUUGGGCAGAUAGAAUGCCUCAAAUUGCUUGCCUCGCCACGCUUCGCCGAUAAACGACUAGGUUAUCUAGGGACUAUGUUACUGCUAGAUGAAAACCAAGAGGUUUUGACUCUAGUGACCAACUCCUUAAAAAAUGACCUCAACCACUCGAAUCAAUAUGUCGUUGGCCUUGCUUUGUGUACCCUCGGAAAUAUUGCGUCUGUCGAAAUGUCCCGAGAUUUGUUCCCUGAAAUAGAAUCCUUGAUAUCUACUGCAAACCCUUACAUUCGACGAAAGGCAGCCUUAUGCGCAAUGCGAAUCUGCCGUAAGGUACCUGACUUGCAGGAACACUUUGUUGACAAGGCAAAGAACCUUUUGGUGGACCGAAACCACGGAGUUUUACUCAGCGGCCUCACUCUCGCGAUUGAAUUCUGUGAAUAUGAUGAAAUUGAGGGCACAGGAGAAGUCAUGGAAAAGUUCCGCCCAAUGGCAGCGGGACUGGUGCGGACGCUGAAGGGUUUGACAUCCUCUGGCUAUGCCCCUGAGCAUGACGUGUCGGGUAUAACAGACCCAUUCUUACAGGUCAAGAUUCUGAGGUUCUUGAGAGUUCUCGGGAGAGGAGAUGCGGCUACCAGCGAAUUAAUAAACGAUAUCCUGGCUCAAGUAGCUACGAACACGGAGUCCAGCAAAAAUGUUGGCAACUCUAUCCUGUAUGAGGCUGUUUUGACAAUUCUGGACAUUGAAGCCGAUUCAGGUCUUCGUGUGCUAGGUGUUAACAUCUUGGGAAAAUUCUUGUCGAACAAGGAUAACAACAUUCGAUAUGUUGCUCUCAAUACCCUUGUCAAAGUGGUUGCUGUAGAACCAAACGCUGUUCAGCGGCACAGGAACACAAUUCUAGAAUGUCUACGAGAUCCGGAUAUCAGCAUACGACGGCGAGCUCUGGAUCUCAGUUUCACUUUGAUCAAUGAAGGAAAUGUUAGGGUGCUUGUUCGUGAGCUCCUGGCCUUCUUGGAGGUCGCCGAUAACGAAUUUAAGUCUGCCAUGACCACUCAAAUCGGUAUCGCUGCAAACAAAUUUGCUCCAAACGCAAGGUGGCAUGUGGACACCAUGCUCAGAACUUUGAAACUCGCUGGAAACUACGUGAAGGAGCAGAUAAUAUCGUCAUUCGUCCGUCUGAUUGCUACCACCCCCGACCUGCAGACUUACUCUGUACAAAAGCUGUAUGCAGCGCUGAAGGAAGAUAUCUCUCAGGAAGGUCUUACCGUAGCCGCAUCCUGGGUAAUUGGUGAGUUUGGAGAUGCCCUCCUCCAUGGAGGCCAGUAUGAAGAGGAGGAACUGGUGAAAGAGGUGAGGGAGAGUGAUAUUAUCGAUCUUUUCAUGAACAUCCUCAACAGCACAUACGCUACGCCUAUCGUGACAGAAUACAUUACUACGGCUGCCAUGAAACUCUCUGUCAGGAUUUCGGAUCCUGCCCAAAUUGAGCGAAUCCGCAAGUUCCUAAAGACCAAGACUGCAGAUCUGAGUGAAGAAAUCCAGCAGCGUGCAGUGGAGUAUAGCAAUUUGUUCGGGUAUGAGCAGAUAAGGCAGGGAGUUCUCGAAAGGAUGCCACCGCCAGAAAUACGCGAAGAGCAACGAGUGCUUGGUGAAGUGACCAACAAACGGCAGAGCAGGCUACUGAAGGACAAAUCCAAGAAGCCAUCUAGGCCCACUGAACAGGACAUGCUACUCGACCUCAUGGGUGGUGGUUCCGAUGCCCCAGCGGAAAGCACAUCCGGCAAGGCUAAUGGCAGCCAGAACACUGCAGACCUUCUCGCUGACAUUCUUGGUGGAGGUGGUGCAUCUCAGUCUGCACCACAGCCACAACCCACAUCCAGCAAAACGUCAAAUGUUAAUGACAUUAUGGAUCUCUUCGGUUCCAACGGGUCUUCCCAACAGCAGGCUUCCGCCGGUCUACCGGGGCGACCAACCCCAGUGGCCGCACCCGCCACCCCAUCUCCCUCCGCUCACGAGGUCUUUAACAAGAAUGACCUCCAGGUAACCCUUCAGGUGCAACGAAACAAUGCUGGAACAUGUCAGAUACUGGCGAAGUUCCGUAAUCUUUCUGCUCUGGACAGCUUUUCGGGAGUUGGCCUCCAAGCUGCCGUGCCCAAGACCCAGAAGCUCCAGCUGAGCGCCAUUAACAAGCCGGACCUUGAUGGGGGUGAAGAGGGCGCACAAUCAAUGAGAAUUGCAGCUGCAUCCGGCUCUCUUCCCCCUAAGCUUCGACUACGCCUUAGGAUAAGCUACUCUAAAAAUGGCGGAAACCCCAGCGUAGAGCAAGUUGAUUGGACCGAGCCAUAG